AGUUUCAACUAGAAGCAACACAAAUCCUCAACAUGUUCAAAUACGCUGUUGUCAUCCUCGCUGUCGUCGCUUGCGCUGCUGCCAAGCCUGGAGUUCUCCUGAGCCAGCCAUUGGCUUAUGCUGCACCUGCUGCCGUUGUUGCUGCUCCUGCUCCAUAUGUGACUGCCACCAGCAGCCAAGUGAUUGCCCGCAACUACAAUGGAAUCGCAGCUGCUCCAGUGAUUGCUCCAGUUGCUACUCCAUUGGCUGCUCCAGUCAUUGCCAAGUACGCUGCUGCUCCUUUGGCUGCUCCUCUGGCUUACAGCUCUCCAUUCGCUGCUCCUCUUGCUUAUAGCGCUCCUUUGAGCUAUGCUGCUUCUGCACCACUUUUGAUUUAA